AUGGGUACCCAGACACCGAAAGCUGCCGGCAGCAAUGCUUCUGCUCUCCGGGCCACCGAACAUACUUACGCCGUACGACCAGCCGUAGAAAGGAAGAGAACUGCGUCGGUAUCAUCGUGGCAUGGGUCACUCCCCAGUCGCGAAGUUCAACCACAUGCUGGGCACGACAAGAGACCAAGGGAGCCGUAUGCUGUACAGUCAGCGCGAACGCCAUCGAACUCACCGCCCCAAACUCUAAACAUACCAGAACAGCUUGCUGAGCUACUCAUCACCAUGAUUCCCGGUCCUGAAGGAGAGGAGCUGGCUGAGGCAUUCCGUGAAGGAUCAGAUCUACCACCGAUCACACGACAGUCAUUGAGCGAGCUCGACAUCCAGAACAUCGUCACGAACAUCAGAUUACGACACGACGUUAACUUUGACCGUGAUCUCAGCUUCCGGCCAAACCUGGAUGGGGCAAAAGGGCAAGAGAAGGUCAACUUGGCACAGCGAUACUGGAGCGCGUUGGUAGCGGAGUUGGAGCUCUACAGUCGCUUAUUCCGGGGGACACCGCCGUUACUAGAGAUGGACACGACCGACUGGCCAGCCAUUGUUCGUCACGCUGAAAGACGUAUACCAAAGAUAUUCCAGACCAUCCGCGACGUGCUGAAGAGCCUUGUACCCGAUCGCGAUCACUCAAGAGUAGAGGAGCACCUGGAUGUGGCGAUGUUGAUGCAGCAGAUCGAAAGAGGGAUCUGUGAUCUUGUGGGUUUGUCUGAGUGGAUGUCAUGUCUUUUGAAGGAACAUUGCGCGCCAAUGAGGGAUCAAUGGGUGGACAAAAUGGUCGCAUACACUCGAACCGGAGUAGCGCAGAACAAGCCGGAGACUAUCGUGAAAGGAUUAUGUGAGCUUCUAGGGAUAUUGGAGUCGAUGAAGCUAGACGUCGCAAAUCAUCAGAUCCGGAACCUCAAGACCCUUCUCAUUGAAGACACAGUCAACUUCGAGACGCACUACCACCUUGAAAAAUUGGUCAACGGCAGAGCACGUGUCAACGUCCAGACUGUACAGAAGUGGUAUCAAUCCGCUACUCUGGAGUUCGCAUCACUCUGUGCGAGUCAAUGCGAUUCGUCGUCUCUUGGCCUUGAGGUGUUCGUUCGUGGCGUGACAGCUACAUUGUUUGGUCAAGACGGGCGGUCUGACUUCCCCGAAGCCAUGUACCUUGACACCGACCGACUACAGCUCAUAAAAGCAGAGAUCGAAGACAAAAUUUUCUUCGAGGUCUGCCUGAAUAUGUUCGCAGGCCUUCUGCAGCAAUUUAACUACCAGGGACCAAGCCUGUCGACAACACGCCAACAGCUGAUAUCAUCACUCGUAGCAGUUAUGGGCGAGUCGAGCGUUGGUUAUGGACCACAUCAGUGGAUGGCCAACUCUGAAGCACUUUCAUUGGAGAUACUGAGACAAGCGUCCAAUCUUGCUGGCCGACCUACAGCCUACGACCACGACAAUCUGUCAAGUGCAAACCACCAUCUUCGUCACCUGUUCUUCAGCACAUUCACAACCCAGGCUCGCAACCUCGAAGCUUCCGUGCUACCCAUGAUUUUGGCUACAAUCGACAAGCAUAAGGACUCAUCCCCCAUGGAGCUCUUCAACACUCUCGUUCCUGCUGCAGCAUCUACGACAAUUCCACCCGUGCACACUGCACCAUCCACUACCGAUACGUUUAUUUCCCAUCGACUGCUCUAUCCAGAUACAGGCAAACUUUCAGACAUCGCGAAGCGCAUCUCCCAUAUUAUCAUCUUGCAUUGGCGCGUCUGGGGCAAUAUCACCUACGUACAGGAAGACGCAAUCACAACACACCCUGCAUCCACGAUGGUGACCCAGCCCGCGGAUUUGACAGUCCCUUCUUGCAUAAGGACCGGCGAUGCGCUAAAUACUUACGAAGAAACCCACGUCGCCCAUGAGGAACCUUCGCAGUGA